AUGGAUAUGCACAACAUGGUCGGCGCAGUCGUGGUGGGCGGCGCGAUUGGGCUCGGAAUCGGGCUCGGACUCGUGUUCUGCGACGAGAUGAUGGAAUGGUCCAAAUCCGUGCGAGAAAGCGACGUCGAAACGGCGCUGCGGAAGGAGAUUGUGGAUGGGAAGAACGCCCAAGCCACCUUCGAUGAGUUCCCUCGCUACCUCAGUGCACACACCAGAACCGCGCUGAAGCAGUUUGGAUAUUUUCAUUUGUACCGACCUAAGUGGUCAAAAGAAGUUAAAAAUCUGGUCCCACGCUGGCACGCAAUGUUGCUCUCCGGCCCCUCAGAGCUUUAUAUGCAGAUGCUUGCAAAGGCUUUCUCUAGCUUCUUUGGGGCCAAGUUGUUGAUGCUUGAUAUCGCCAAUUUUAAAUUUAAGGUUCGCUGCAAAAAUGGCUGCCCCGACCAAACUUCGGAAUCUACUUCUUAUUUAUUCGAUGUUGUUCAAACAAUUUCUGAAUGGCUCGACGUAAGAGUUCCUCUCAAAAGAAGUGCUCAUUCGUGUAUCAGUGAAAAAGCUCUCAUUGGAUCACUUCAAAAGGUUCUGCUUUCGGUCUCCACAACCGGCCCCACUGUUCUUUACAUCAGGGAUGUCGAGGACCUUUUGGACAGAUCGACAAGGAUGUACUAUUUGUUUCGUCAAAUGUUAGACGAUUUAUCUGAAAGGCGAGUAGUGAUCAUCGGUUCGAGGUUGGUUAAACCCGAUACUCAAAAUGUGAAACUGCAGAUUGCCAAUCUAUUCCCGUACCGCAUAGAAAUUGAGCCUCCUCGAGACGAGAGCAAUUUGUCUGUCUGGAGAUCGCAGAUGAAAAACGAUGCACAAACCAUCAAAACUCAGCAUGACAGAAACCUGCUCAGACAUAUAUUAGCAGAAAACAAUAUCGAUUGCGACGACUUGGAUUCGGUUUGUUUACCUGCCGACAGGGAUCUCAAGCCCCAGAUGAAGAACAUCGUUUUGGGGGCCGUUUCGAACCAUUUGAAUGGCAAGGAUCCCGAAUAUAGAUCCGGGAAGCUCAUCAUUCCUUCGACAAGUUUAUCCAAUGCAGCUAGCCAAAUCGAAAAUCUCCUUUCGGAGCGGGAAAAAAAGGUUACUAACACUUCAAUUUAUGAUGCUAUUAGUCCUAUUCACACUUUCGUAACUUGAUUUUCUUACUGUGUUUUCUUAUAGAAUGUUGUUCCAGAGAAUAAAUAUGAGACGAAGAUGAGUUCGGAGCUUAUACCGCCAAAUCGAAUCGAUGUGGCUUUCGACGACAUAGGCGCAAUGGACGGCACAAAAGAAUUGCUUCAGGAGUUGGUCAUGCUUCCUCUUCGACGGCCCGAACUCUUCAAGACAGGCCUGCUGAAGUCGUGCCGCGGAAUCCUGCUGUUCGGGCCGCCAGGGACCGGAAAAACUAUGCUCGCGAAGGCCAUAGCGAGGGAGUCGGGCGCGAGCUUUAUAAGCGUCUCGUCUUCUUCCAUCACAUCGAAGUGGUACGGCGAAGCCGAGAAGAAUGUGAGAGCAUUGUUCACACUGGCUGCUAAGGCUGCUCCUACAAUCAUCUUUGUGGAUGAGGUUGAUAGCAUGCUCUCGCAGCGGAAUCAUCACCAUGAAAGCAAUGUGACGAGGAGAGUCAAGAAUGAGUUCAUGACGCACUGGGACGGGCUCCUGACGAAUUCCGAGGAGCGGAUCCUUGUUCUCGGCGCAACUAACAGGCCAUUCGACCUCGACGACGCGGUUAUUAGGAGGUUUGAGCGCAGAAUUAUGGUCGGCCUACCGAGCAAAGAGAGCCGGGAACUGAUUCUGAAGAAACUUUUGUCGAAAGAAAAUGUUGAGGGAGUUGAUUAUCAGGAGCUGGCGGCGAUGACCGAUGGAUACACUGGGAGUGAUCUUAAGAACCUGUGUGUAACCGCGGCGUAUCGCCCUGUUCGGGAUCUACUUAAAAAGGAUGCAGAAAACAACAUGCAGGAGGUGACGAAUCAAACUACUGAUCCAGAAAAAAUGACUCUGACUGAGAAGCCAACAAUUACUCUCAGGCCACUAAACAUGGAAGAUUUGCGACAGGCGCAGAAUCAAGUCGCCGCGAGUUUCCCUUCGGAGAGCGCUGCAAUGAAUCAAAUGAAGCAGUGGAAUGAACUGUACGGGGAGGGGGGCUCAAGAAAGAAGAGAGAACAACUACCAUAUUUCAUGUAA